GACGAGAUGUUACGUCAGUUAGUCUAUAGCUGUUGCCAUUGUCUGUACGUUGUGACGUUGUGCGUCUGUUAUGACAACAUUCUGAACUCGUGUUUCUCUCCUGGCUAUUUUGAACAUUUUCAUAAAUCAUGUCCGACAUCGACGAAUAUUACAUAGCCGUCCUUCGAUUAGUGAAGGAAGCUGGUUCGGCACGAACGUGUAUUUGUUUGGCUUCCAAGAAGCAGAGUCAUCGAGUUGGAUUGUGAGAGAAAAAAUUAACCAGCCUAAGGAUGCAAUGACGAAAUCCUGCGAAGUUGAUCUUGUCACCGAGUGGGAUCAAAAAGUCGAAAAGUUGUUAAUAGAUGGAAUAUCUUCCAAAUUUCCAGAUCACAAAUUCAUAGGCGAAGAAGCUACUUCGCUAGGAACGAAAGUUGAGCUCACGGACGCGCCUACAUGGAUCAUUGAUCCGAUUGACGGCACGAUGAAUUUCGUGCACGGUUUGCCCCAUACUUGUAUAUCGAUUGCAUUACUCAUUAACAAGACCACCGAAAUUGGGGUAGUUUACAAUCCGAUUUUGGAACAAUUCUUCUCCGCCCGCAGGGAUCAAGGUGCAUUUUUGAAUGGAGCUCCCAUUAGGGUUUCCGGAGAGAAGGAAUUACGUAAAGCUCUUGUAAUGAUGGAAAUGGGCACAAGCAGGGAUCCAGAGAAGAUGAAAAUCGUACUGGAGAAUGCAAACAAUCUUACUCCUCAAGUUCACGGAAUACGAGCUUUGGGAUCUGCGGCUUUAAACAUGUGCAUGGUCGCUCUCGGAGGAGCGGAUAUUUCUUUUGAGUUUGGUAUUCAUGCAUGGGAUAUCGCAGCUGGUGAUAUCAUCGUAAGAGAAGCCGGUGGAGUAUGUAUAGAUCCAGCAGGUGGGCCGUUCGAUGUCAUGAGUAGAAGAGUUUUAUGUGCGGCAACAAUGGAGUUGGCACAAGAAUUAGCCAAAGUAUUAGUUCAGUAUUACCCGGAACGUGACUAAGAAUCAUCUGUAUGAAAGAUAUCA